UGUGAAAGUUUUAAGCGGAAGUUAGUUAGUAGUGGACUCAGCAGUUAGCUAAUUCUACGAGGUUUGGUUUAGUGCAUUCAGAACCAGAGAACCAUGGCCUACCAGUUGUACCGGAACACCACGCUGGGAAACAGCCUCCAGGAGAGUCUGGACGAACUUAUCCAGACCCAGCAGAUCACCCCUCAGCUGGCUCUGCAGGUCCUGCUUCAGUUCGAUAAAGCCAUCAACGCGGCGCUGGCCAGCCGGGUCCGGAACAGAGUCAACUUCAGGGGCUCUCUGAACACCUACAGGUUCUGUGACAACGUGUGGACAUUUGUUCUGAACGAUGUGGAGUUCAGGGAGGUGACAGAGCUGGUGAAGGUUGACAAAGUGAAGAUUGUCGCCUGUGAUGGAAAGAACUCGGGCUCCAAUGCUGCAGAGUGAACUUCUUCCAUCAGCUGGACUGUACAUAUAACUUAUACAGCACAGUUACGUGUGUGUGUGUGUGUGUGUUUUAUUCAUAUCUGCAGGUGUGUGUUCAAUUUGUUUAAUCUUCUUUAAUAAUAAAAGUUGAUGUAAAGCUGCAAA